AAAAAUUCGUUGGCAAGUGGACAGUGCAUUUUUGCGCUCUCCUCGCACGGUCACACUGUGCUUGAGCGGCAAAAGUGAACGAGAUGGACGAUUCCGUCAAUUUAAGCGUCAGCAUGGGCGAUGUGGAGGCGUCUAUGCUGAAUCACAACGUUAGCUUCAGCAGCACCAUGGUCACCUCAGCCGGCGAUCUCUCGUUGCCCAAGCUGAGCAUGACCCUCACGGAGGCGGAGCUCCUUAAGCUGCGUUCCCGGUGUCCAAAGAACGGUGUUGAUUCGCCGAAUGCAUCUGUGGCCAUGGAGACAAGCGUGGGUGUCGCAACUGCGCAGGAGGAUGUGGAAGCGAAGGAGGAAAGCGUCGUCGACUUAGAGGACACUUUGGAGAUGACGUCGAACGGCAACCAGGUGAAGCCGGAUGUCGAUCCUGCGGCUGAUUCUGAGGCUGAUCCUGCAGAUUAUUCUGUGCCCGAGUAUUUCAAGGGCUCCAUUGUUGAGCUUGCCCGACGCUGCUGGACCUCGUCAACGGAGGCGCAGCACUACACCAAGGGCUGCUACUGGUCACCGGACGGCACGUGCCUCCUAGUACCCAUUCACCUCGAUGGCAUGCACGUCAUGGAAGUACCUGCGGAUCUUUACUCCACACCAGCGGUGCCGUCGACACGCCCGCUGAGCAAACUUGAGUCGGCGGUGCACGUGCCCGAGGGCGGAACCGUCUACGACUGUGUGUGGUAUCCGCAAAUGAACAGUCUGCAACCAGAAACCUGCUUGUGGCUGGCCACGCGGCAACACGAGCCCAUACACAUGUGGGAUGCCUUCGACGGUUCUCUGCGAUGCAGCUACAGCGGGUAUGAUGCCGUAGACGAAGUGAUGGCGGCCAUUUCCUUGGCCUUCUCUCACGACGGCGAGAAGAUCUACGCGGGAUACAAGCGCUGCAUCAAGAUCUUCGACACCAGCAGACCCGGACGUCUUUGCGACGAUUACCCCGUGAAGUUUGCCAUUUCCUGCAUUGCCCAGACCACUGCGCACCCAAACACACUGACCUGCGGCAACUGGCAUGGCUACAUCCAGCACUUCGACUUGCGCUGCAGCCACAAGCAGGGUCCACUGUUCACGCUGGGCGGGCACAAGGGCGGCAUUACACAACUGCGCUACGGCGAAAUUGGUGCCGGGGAGUGGCAUCUGUUCAGUGGAGCUCGCAAGUGCGGGAAGAUCUUGCAGUGGGACAUGCGCAACUACAAGAAGCCACUGGUGGAGCUGAAGCGCCAUGUGGACACCAACCAGCGUAUUCAAUUCGACUUCACAGCCGACGGCCAUUGGCUGGCCAGCGGCGGCACAUGGGGAUCCGUUAAUGUUUGGGAUCUACAGAAUUGCGGAGAUCCCACGAUACUGCCGCUGCAUUCUGACUGUUGCAACGGUGUGGCCCUCAACCCGGCCAUGCCGAUUCUGGCCACCAGCUCGGGGCAGUUCCACUUUACAGACCAAAGUACCCCACGGGACAACGUCACCUUGAACGGCUCGGAAACGACGGAGUUGCCGGCGUCGGACGAAGUGCAUCAAAAUCAGCGGGAAGUAAUCUAUGAGAACGCAGUGGUCCUUUGGUGGUGCGGCCCAACUGGAUAGCAUAUAAAACUGGUGUAGUCGAGUAAAUAAUACAAAAUC